AUGAUAAUAGACUUGCGUGACGGAAAACGUCAGGCCUCCGAAGUGGAUACGGAACUACACUUACUCGAAGCGAAUAGGAAGAGGCUUUUAACACAGAAAGAUUGGGUCGGCAUCGACCCAUCGAAGCCGGUCAGUCUGCGGUUCCGCUCGAGCAGAGAGAAGAGCAAGAUCGGCAAGCGCAGAAGAACGACAAGAGGACGCGGUGCAGCCCCAAGACGAAAGGACAAGGAUGAAUUCGGGAAUGAAGUCCACAACUUUGCGGACGAUGCCUUUGCCCAAGUCCUUGGAGAUAGUGGUCCACGCCAGCGUCUAGAUGAUGUUCGAAUCCGGAUUGGCACAGAUGCAAUGACAAACACUUACUCUACACAAUUGGACCAAUAUGCGCAGUCGCAUGCUUCCUCUGAAUCCAUGCUUUUCGACCAGGAAGAACCGCUUGCACAGCUACGCUCGGCGAAGCCACCUGUCGACCUUGAGCUUCUUGCAGCAACUAGUGCUUUCGAGCAAGCUGAUGUUGCUUCCCGUGCGCCAUCGACCGGUGAACAACCUCAGCACUAUGGCCUUGCUCGGCGCAGUGUAGCUAGCCCUUCUCCAGACGCUUCUGAGCAAAAGAGCUUUACGGGUGACCAGUUUGAGCUGCAGUGUCAACCUGCGACGAUGACUUCUCGUGAAAACGAGAGCUCUACGCAUGACUUCCGACUCACACACCAUGCUUACGGGGAAGAGCGCGCAUUUCGUCUCGCCUUCAGCGGCUCCAACUCUACUGCAGGUGCCCGUGGUCGCACUGCAUCGGAUGGCAACCAGAUCGGUGAGACAAAGCCUUUUGACGAUCCAGACUCGGUAGGUGAGUCCAAGACGGGAUAUGUGCAUCAGCGCAAUAUUGAUAGGGAACAAUCAGUCGGUGUUGACGUUUCUGGUGCCAAUACAAUCGUCGAUGAGGGUCCCUGGAAGACGUAUCUCGCAAUCUCCGAUGGUUCAAGCCACUCCGACAAAUCCAUUCUAUCCAGAAGCUGCGUCCCGCAUGAUUACCCCACCAAGAGACAUAAUAACGAAGCUGCAAUGGACUGGUCACAGCAUGCCACUCAAGGUCAGGGCAACGAGAGUCGCAUUAGCUCGUCCUCCGUUUCCGCCUCUUUGCCGUCUUUGAAGAGAGGUGUAAGAAAACCAAUAUCGGCGCAUGCCUCCGACAUGGCCCUCAUUCGUCGGGACAGACCGGUCAACGCUGCUGUGCAAAGUCUGGACGAAGACGAGAAGAAUUGGCAAGCUGCCGGCCAUCCUUACUUAGCGAACGGCAACGACGACAACGGCGAGCCUACCGGAUAUGCGUCCGAGGGGCUGCGAGAGGACGCUGGUGCCCAAGGGCCGAAUGCGGUGCCACGACAUCAGGGCAUGAAAGGAAUCAAGGCAUGA